AUGUCUUCGCUUCCUCCAGUUUACAUCGUUUCUGCCGUCAGAACCCCAGUGGGUUCAUUUCUAGGCUCUCUUUCGAGUCUAAGUGCAACUGCCCUUGGUGGAAUUGCUAUUAAAGCCGCUGUCGAGCGUGUCCCAGAGAUUAAACCGGAAGAUGUCGAAGAAGUCUUCUACGGAAAUGUUUUGUCCGCAAAUCUCGGUCAAAACCCAGCACGUCAAUGCGCUCUUGCUGGCGGGCUUUCAGAACAAGUUGUCUGUUCAACUGUCAACAAGGUAUGCGCUUCUGGGUUGAAAGCAAUUAUCCUUGGAGCCCAAACAAUUAUGACUGGAAAUGCCGAUAUUAUUGUCGCUGGAGGAACCGAAUCGAUGUCGAAUGUCCCUCACUACCUACCAACUCUCCGCAAUGGCGCAAAGUAUGGCGAUCAGACUUUGGUUGAUGGUGUUCUCAAGGACGGGUUGACCGACGCGUACGGCAAGAAGGAGCACAUGGGUUUGGCUGGCGAACUCUGCGCAAAAGAUCACAAUGUCACCAGAGAUGAGCAGGACGACUAUGCAAUCAAAUCCUACCAAAAGGCACAGGCAGCUACAGAGUCAGGACUUUUCAAGAACGAGAUUGUUCCGGUGGAAGUGAGUGGAGGCCGUGGCAAGCCAAACAUCAAAAUUGAAAAAGAUGAUGAGGUUAAGAACCUCAACAUUGAGAAGCUAAAGGCUAUGCGACCAGCAUUUCAGCCUAAUGGCGGUACUGUCACCGCUCCUAACGCGGCUCCGUUGAACGAUGGCGCCGCCGCUGUCGUGCUUGUCUCGGAGGCCAAGCUGAAGGAACUUGGCCUCAAGCCUCUAGCAAAGAUUCUAGGAUGGGGUGACGCUUCUAAAACCCCAAGCGAGUUUACUACGGCACCUGCAUUGGCUAUCCCCAAGGCAAUUAAGCAUGCAAAGAUCAAUGCUUCCGACGUCGAAUUCUACGAAAUUAAUGAGGCCUUUUCCGUCGUCGCGUUGGCAAACAUGAAGAUCCUUGAAUUAGAUGCCUCCAAAGUCAAUGUCCACGGAGGAUCAGUUGCCAUUGGUCAUCCUCUUGGAUGUUCUGGAGCUAGAAUCGUCACUACUCUCGUCAAUGUCUUGAAAGAAAAGAACGCGAAGAUUGGUGUUGCUGGUAUUUGUAACGGUGGUGGAGGUGCUUCUGCAAUUGUCAUCGAGUCUUUGCAGUAA